CGGCCGCUGCCGGUCGGUCCGCUGGUUGGUCGGUUAGUUGGUCGGUGGGUCGGUGGCCUAGAGCUCGGUUCUCGCCUCUCAUGUUCGGAGGUGGGAGGGACACGGGAAAGGCCCGCACACCUGAGCUGCCCGGAGAGGAUCCCCGCACCCAGGAGAAGGAGGAGGCUAAGCAGGGAAAAGGACUCAUGGCUUCUGAUGCGAGUCACGUGCUGGAAGCUGCCCUGGAGCAGAUGGACGGGAUCAUUGCAGGCACUAACACAGGGGUAGAUAUUAGCGAUGGUACCUGUGAGCCUGGACUGGCCUCCGCGGCUUCCUACAUGAACCCCUUCUCAGUGCUCCAUCUCGUCGAGGACUUGAGGCUGGCCCUGGAGAUGCUGGAGCAUUCUCAGGAGAGAGCAGCCCUCCUGAGCCAGAUCCCAGGCCCCACAGCUGCCUACAUAAAGGAGUGGUGCGAGGAGAGCUUGUCCCAGGUAAAUCACCACAGUGCUGCUAGUAAUGAAACGUACCAGGAACGCUUAGCACGUCUAGAAGGAGAUAAGGAGUCCCUCAUAUUACAGGUGAGUGUCCUCACAGACCAAGUAGAAGCCCAAGGAGAGAAGAUUCGGGACCUGGAAGUGUGUCUGGAAGGGCACCAGGUGAAACUCAAUGCUGCUGAAGAGAUGCUUCAACAGGAGCUGCUAAGUCGUACAUCUCUUGAGACUCAGAAGCUCGAUCUGAUGACUGAAGUAUCUGAGCUGAAACUCAAGCUGGGGGGCAUGGAGAAGGAGCAGAGAGAGCAGGAAGAGAAGCAGAAAAAAGCAGAGUCGGUUCUGAAUGUGAUCAGUGAGCUGCAGGAGCAGAUGUGUAGGCUGCAGCUGGACAUCCACAGGCAGAUUCAAGAGCGCCUCGCACUCAGUAGGGACCACCCUGAGGAGGUGGCAGCCGGCGACGGUGCGGCCCGGCCCCAGCCCUGCGGCCAGGAGUGUGCCCGUUGGGAGGGGUCACCUGAGUUACUGCAGGAGCUCCGGAACCUCAAAAUCAAGGUGGAAGAGUUGGAAAAUGAACGGAACCAGUAUGAAUGGAAACUGAAGGCCACCAAGGCUGAGGUAGCCCAGCUGCAAGAGCAGGUAGCCCUGAAGGAUGCAGAAAUUGAGCGUCUGCACAGUCAGCUCUCCCGGACUGCAGCUCUGCACAAUGACCAUGCAGAGAAAGACCAAGAAAUCCAACGUCUGAAAAUGGGGAUGGAAACUUUGCUUGUUGCCAAUGAAGAUAAGGACCGUCGGAUAGAGGAGCUUACUGGGCUGUUAAACCAGUACCGAAGGGUGAAGGAGAUCGUGAUGGCGACUCAAGGGCCUUCAGAAAGAACUCUCUCAAUCAAUGAGGAAGAAUUGGAGGGAGGUUUCGGAAACUGGAACACUGCAAAUAAAGGCCCUGAAGAACUUUUUAAACCAGAGGUAUCUCCAAGAGGUAGCUCUCCCACGGUGGGACCACCCCCGCUACCACAGAAAUCACUGGAAACAAGGGCUCAGAAAAAACAUUCUUGUAGUCUCGAAGACUUGAGAAGUGAAUCCGUGGAUAAGUGCGUCGGUGGGAACCAGCUCUCCCCAGUGGUAGAACCCAAGGACGGCCCUUUCCUGGUGGAGCACAAGUACCCCACGUUACCUGGGAAGCUUUCAGGAGCCACGCCCAACGGAGAGGCUGCCAGAUCUUCUCCUACUGCCUCCCCACAUGACCCUGCAGGGAGCGGCCUACUGAGGCUGAGAGACACAGAAAGUGGUUGGGACGACACUGCUGUGCUCAGUGACCUCUCAUCCAUGUCAUCGGGCACCGAGUCCAGCCCCCAGUCUCCCGUGACACCAGACAGUAAACGGAGCCCCAAAGGCAUCAAGAAAUUCUGGGGAAAAAUCCGAAGGACUCAGUCAGGAAAUUUCAACACCGAUGCCCCGGGGGUGGCCGAGUUUCGACGAGGUGGACUCCGGGCAACUGCAGGGCCAAGACUCUCUAGGACCAGAGAUCCCAAGGGUCAGAAAAGUGAUGCCAACGCCCCCUUCGCCCAGUGGAGCACAGAGCGUGUGUGUGCAUGGCUGGAGGACUUUGGCCUGGCUCAGUACGUGAUCUUUGCCAGGCAGUGGGUGACUUCUGGCCACACUUUACUGACAGCCACCCCUCAGGACAUGGAAAAGGAGCUGGGGAUUAAGCACCCCCUUCAUAGGAAAAAGCUGGUUUUAGCAGUGAAAGCCAUCAACACCAAGCAGGAGGAGAAGUCUGCACUACUAGACCACAUUUGGGUGACACGUUGGCUUGACGAUAUUGGCUUACCCCAGUACAAAGACCAGUUUCAUGAAUCCAGAGUCGACGGGAGAAUGCUGCAGUACUUAACUGUGAAUGAUCUACUUUUCCUAAAAGUCACCAGCCAACUACAUCAUCUCAGCAUCAAAUGUGCCAUUCACGUGCUGCAUGUCAACAAGUUCAACCCUCACUGCCUGCACCGGCGGCCAGCUAAUGAGAGUAACCUUUCUCCUUCAGAAGUUGUGCAGUGGUCCAACCACAGGGUGAUGGAAUGGUUGCGGUCCGUGGACCUGGCGGAAUAUGCGCCCAACCUUCGUGGGAGUGGCGUCCACGGAGGUCUCAUUAUCCUGGAGCCACGCUUCACUGGGGACACGCUGGCCAUGCUUCUCAAUAUACCACCACAAAAGACACUCCUCCGGCGCCACCUGACCACCAAAUUCAAUGCCUUGAUUGGCCCUGAGGCUGAGCAGGAAAAGCGAGAGAAAAUGACUUCACCUGCUUACACGCCACUGACCACCACAGCCAAAGUCCGGCCAAGGAAACUGGGAUUUUCACAUUUUGGAAACAUAAGAAAAAAGAAGUUCGAUGAAUCGACAGACUACAUUUGCCCAAUGGAGACCAGCAACUAUGUCGGUGACAGUCACAGGGUCUGUAUUGGCUACCAGGGCCUCAGCCCCCUCGAUGCCCCUGAACUGGAUGGGCUGGACCAGGUGGGACAGAUUAGCUGAUGCCUUUGUCACCUGUACUGUCUGUGCGUCCUGAGAGCUCACAGUAACUCCGUGUGUGUCACCAUGUAACUGCACCUCACCCCCUGUGUAUGUGCAUGACUUGCAGAGAACAUUCCAGCCACUGUGUACCCGUGGGCCAGUCUUUCUCCAAAUCCUGAGGGUGGCCAGGUAUGGAGCUGCAUCUUUGCUAAGGGGCCAGCCUUGAGGACUCAGGAGGAAAGCUAAAAGGAUGCUUGUACGUUUUCAGUAAGUCUGAAUGUCCACCUUCAGCACCCGUGGCAAUACCUGAGUUUGGUCACAGGUCCAGAGACCACGGACAAUCCCGAGAGGCUCAGCUCUCAGGCCCCUCAGCUGUGCCCCUGUUGAGGGCAAUCCCAAGUGCCUUAGGCCUGUGACCACAGUUUUGGCUGAGGGUGAAGGGACAGCAGCAGGAACGUCUGCCCCAGUGACAGUGGAACUGUUGUGCCUUCCUUCAAAGGUGGUCGCUUCUUUCUGGUAAUAAAACCCAUAUUUAUGUAGAGAACAAACUGCACAGCAUAUCUUUAAUCUUGUCAAUGGAAGUGAGCUGGGCGCAUCUAGAGAUGGAGUGCCGCUCGUCGUGCAGUUCGAGAGCCAGUGCUGCUGAGCUGGGUCAGGAUUUGUGUGUGUCCUGGGUGA